AUGCUAAGGUUUAUUUCCCGUCCAGGUGGUUUAAAACGACUAACCUCACUAACCUCGAGGGGAAAAGUGGGCAGCUCACAAUGUGUGCCUGAAUUUACAUUCCAAGGAAUUCGAGCUUUUAGUCUUAGCAUUCCGAGAAAACAACAGGUAGAAGUGUUUGUGGACGGAAAUCCGGUAAAGAUUGAGCAAGGAAGCGCCGUUAUUCAAGCCUGCGAAAAAGCUGGUUAUACGAUACCUCGUUUUUGUUAUCAUGAGCGAUUAUCCGUUGCUGGCAAUUGUCGAAUGUGUCUUGUUGAAUUAGAGAGGUCUCCAAAACCUAUUGCAUCGUGCGCAAUGCCUGUUAUGCCUGGGAUGAAAAUCAAAACUGAUACUCCGCUAGUAAAAAAAGCUCGUGAAGGUGUUAUGGAAUUUCUUUUGGCCAAUCACCCGUUAGAUUGUCCGAUAUGCGACCAGGGUGGUGAAUGUGACUUACAGGAUCAAUCAAUUAGAUAUGGUACUGAUCGAGGUAGAUUUCAUGAAGUAAUCGGAAAACGAGCCGUAGAAGACAAAGAUUUUGGACCUUUAAUAAAAACAUCCAUGAAUAGAUGUAUUCAUUGUACACGUUGCGUACGUUUUGCCAAUGAAGUUGCCGGUGUUCCUGAAUUAGGCACAACUGGCAGAGGCAGUGAAAUGCAAAUAAGUACGUACAUUGAACGUACACUGGACUCCGAAAUGUCAGCUAAUGUCAUUGAUUUAUGUCCUGUUGGCGCUUUGACCGCCAAACCCUAUGCAUUUUCAUACCGUUCUUGGGAACUGAAAGGUACUGAAACAAUCGAUAUCCUAGAUGCUAUCGGUAGCAAUAUCAGAGUCGAUUCUCGUGGAGUUGAGGUUAUGCGUGUUCUGCCAAGGAUUAAUGAUGAAAUAAAUGAAGAAUGGAUUUCUGAUAAAACGAGAUUUGCAUUUGACGGACUUAAAAGACAACGACUUACUACACCGUUAGUUCGACAGGGAGAUAAAUUUAUUCCUAUAUCGUGGAACGAAGCAUUGUCAUGUGUAGCAAAAGAAAUCCAUAAUGUUAAAGGAACCGAAGCUAAAGCGAUUGCCGGGCAACUUGUAGAUGUAGAAAGUUUGGUUGCUCUCAAGGAUUUAUUCAACAGUUUUGGUAGUGAUAAUUUCGCUAUUGACGGUCCUAAUAGCUCUAAGAUACCUACUCAUGGAGUUGAUUUCAGAUCUAAUUACUUAUUGAACAGCAAAAUUGCCGGAGUUGAGAAGGCCGACGUGCUUUUAUUAGUUGGUACAAAUCCACGCCAUGAAGGUCCAAUUCUUAAUACCAGAAUUCUAAAAAGCUAUCUAAAUAAUGGCCUAGAUAUUGGGCUUAUAGGUCAUGCUGCAGAUACUACCUAUGAAUAUGAUCAUAUUGGUACAAACAGUAAGGCACUCGAUAGUAUACUGAAGGAUGUGCAUCCGUUUGCUAAAAGGAUUUCUGAAGCUCAAAGACCGUUGAUUAUAGUUGGUAGUGGAGUCCUAGGCAAUCCUGACGAAGCAUAUGUAUUCUCUACUGUAGCUAAAAUAGUCAACAAGUACAAACCGAAAUUUUUCCAAGAUGGAUGGAAUGGAUACAACGUACUUCAAAGGGCUGUAGGUCAUCCCGCUGCUUACGACAUUGGAUUUAUACCUUCACAUGCAUCAUCCCAAACAUCACCAAAAUUCAUCUACCUGUUAGGUGCUGAUGAAAUUAGACCUCAAGAUAUUCCAAAAGAUGCAUUUGUAGUAUAUCAAGGGCAUCAUGGUGAUGUAGGAACCCAUUAUGCUGAUAUAAUUCUUCCUGGAGUGGCCUAUACAGAAAAAAGCGCUACGUAUUUAAACACUGAAGGUCGUGUACAGCUUACUCGAACUGUGGUGCCCCCACCAGCUGCUUCACGUGAAGAUUGGAAGAUCAUUCGUGCUUUAUCUGAGAUUACUGGAUUCACUUUACCUUACGAUGAUCUUCCUUCUCUCCGCGAUCGUAUGAAUGAUAUCGCACCACAUCUCACCCGCUAUGGUGUAAUCGAGAACACUAGUAACUCACAAUUGGGUAUUGAGUAUCUCUCAGAAUUAGCGGCAAAUUCGUCUGAUGCUAAAUUAAAUCCUAUAAUUCAGGAUUUUUAUAUGACGGAUAGUAUUUCUCGAUCAAGUCAAACUAUGGCAAAGUGCUCUGCUGCCUUCAUAAAAAAGAAACGUGAACCCCAAUUACAAGCAUCUAGUUAA